AGAAAACAAACUCAAGUCAAACUGAAAGGUAUAGCAAUCCCUUUCUACAACAAGUAAAUUUGGAACGAAUACAGGAAUAUUUUAUUUAAACUUUUCAUUUCAAUAAGAAGCAAAAAUUAUAUUUAAAAAUGGAGUCGCAAGGUGUUCGCUUUUCCAAUGAUGUCCCGGAGACAAGUGUUGACGAUUCUUCGGACACUUACCUUACUCUCCAUUUCCCUGUGGCCGAUGUUUGCAAGGUCAUGUCUGAAAUCGGAGGACCAGUCCUGUUGAGCAAGUUGGUGGCCCACUUCGAGGGUAAGAUGGCAGUUGGAGUUAGGCACAAGGCGUCGAAGUUUGUAUGCCAGUCGCUCGUAGAGGGCCUUAAUCAAAAGAAAAUAGGAAAGCGAAAUGGAAAGUUCGUGCUUCCAGAGUUAUUCAAAGAGGAAGAGAGCGCGGAGGACAUACUGUACAUAGCUGAAGAACAACCAGCACCAACUUCAGGACAAGGGAAGAGCGAGCUCUCAAAGAUGUUUUCGAAAAUGUAUGAGGUUGAUCGCACUUACAAAAAGGGUCAAGAACGGAUUAGGAUGUACGAGUUCCUUAAGAAGGAAAUUAAGUUUGUCGAAGAACUGAUGGCCGCAUCUCCAGAAGAUCAUAGGAAAUUUUCCAUGGCACUGGAUUGGAUGAUUCGCAUGAAAGCAAGUGAGAAAGAAGAAGUUUUAGAUCUCGCUAGAAAGUUUAUGACUCUAAUGGAAGAUUAGUCGCCGUAAAGGAAGAUGACGGCCGGCUUGUUAAUCAGUUUGGGAUUUGGCCACUUGAAAAGUUCCGUUACAACCUAGUUGAGUGAUCUGACCCGAUUCGAUAUCCACUCCUAGAAGAUUGAAACGUCAGGCUGGGGGCAAUGACGAAGUAAACAAACGCUGGAAUGAAGUUUAUUAAUAUAAGAAUUUGAAGGGAAUAUCUCACCUGAUCAGUGGACAGAUCAACUCGGUUGUUGGGCGUAAUGAGGAAUACACGAACCUUCUUUAUGUGAUGGGAAUACUUCCUAUUCCUUCUCCACUUUAUAUUCAUUUUCAAAAUUCUUCAUAUUAUAUUAUAUUAAUUAAUAAAUUGUGCCACAUUCCCAAUCGUAAUUUAUGUCUCGCAGCGUGCAUACGGGCAGACGGACAUGUCAAUCGACUCGGCUACUGAUCCUGACCAGUAAUAUAUACAUCAUAACCAUUUGUUAUUCUUAAUCAUUAAAAAAUGUA